AUGGCGGCCCGUGUGCGACAGAAAGGAACGCUGCCUGGUCCUGCAGGGCCCUCUCGACCGCUGGUCCCCAUGCUGGCCGUGGCCACUGUGUGGUCUGAGCACCUUCCAGCCGGGACUCGCCGGCUCCGUCACACAGCGUUCCUUCUGCUGCGGCCCGUGGGCGUCACUGGCUGGUUUUCUGAAGUGUGGCCGGCUCCCUGCGACACCGUGACUGCCGCCGACCAGCCCCUGGCCGACGCGUGGCUCCCUGUGCACCUGGGCGCCCCGAUUUGGGUUUGGGACAUCUUCACCAAGGACCCUUGCACAGUUGCCUCGCGACCUGUCCCCACUCGCUGCCUCACCUUCAGGUGGCCUCCUGUGUCCCCUCUCAAGGUGCCUUCUGAGGCCCCGCCCAGCGUCUCCACCCGCCCGCGCGUUCCUCUCCGUGGCGCUGGGCUGGGCGGCCAGCUCCCCGGCCUGGAGGACGGUGUCCCAGCACACAGUCCUGCAAGGCAGCGGGAGGAGGGGAGGCCGCGGCGGGCUCACAGCGCCCCCCUGAGCCUGCGGGAGGACUGGCAGCCCCGGAGGGUCACUGGCCGGCAUGGUGGUGCCGACCCAGAAAACGUGGAGGAAUGUGCCCCCCUGGCCAGCGUGGCCUCUGUCUCGCUCCCCACGGGCUGCCCCCACCAGGCGGAGCUGCCCCCCGGGGACCCAAAGGAUGAGCCCUUCUUCGAGGACCAGGGCCUCCUGGAGGUGGCACUGCCCCCUGAGAAGGCGGAGGGCCGUGAGGGGCCCGGACAGCUCUGCGGUGCCGAGGACGGGGCCAGAGCAGCCGGCCGUGACGGCCCCUGCGGGCCUGGCAGGAAACGCCUGCACAUUGACGAGCUGCAGUGCGAUGUCUCGGUGGAGGAGGACAACCAGCAGGAAUGGACGUUCACGCUCUAUGACUUUGACAACAGCGGGAAGGUCACCCGAGAGGACAUGUCCAGCCUGAUGCACACCAUAUAUGAGGUCGUGGACACCUCGGUCAACCACUCCUCUGGCAGCAGUAAGACCCUCCGUGUGAAGCUGACCGUCAGCCCAGAGCCCUCUGACAAGAGGAAGGAGGGCCUGGUCUCUGGCCAGGAUCGGGAGCCCGGACACUUCAGGACGGAGAGUGAGCUUGAGGAUUCACGGACAGCUGGCAGGAGGCUCUCAGCACAUGUCAGGAGGCUGGUGGCCGAUGCCGCCCUCUGCCCUGUGCGAGGGCCCUACUGUGUGGACGAGAACACGGAACGUAGGAACCACUACUUGGACCUGGCAGGCAUUGAGAACUACACCUCCAAGUUUGGGCCUGCCUUCAGCACAAGCACCAUGACCAGCAUUGCUACCACCAUGGCCACCACGACCAUGAACACCACCGCCACCACCACUGCCACCCAUCCUGAUGUAGCCAUCACCAUGAGCACUGUGACCACCAUCACUACCACCAUGGCCAUCACCACCAUGAACACCAACCACCACCACUGCCACCUGUCCUGA